AUGACAGAUCCAAGUUGGGGUUGGAAUGAUGAUAGCAAUUAUAAUACCGGCUACAAUGCUAAUCAGCAUUGGCAGCAAAGGCAACAACCAUGGAGUAAUCAGGGAACUUACAGCAGUCGGCCUACAGGAGCAAUGCCAUCUGAUAAAGUCUAUAAUAACUAUUAUAACCAACAAGCAACCAUUCCUUCAGUACCAAUGACAGCUAAUUAUUCCCAAACAAAUCAAAUGCAGUCAUUCGGAAUGCCAUCGCAGAAUUCGUAUGGUGUUGGAAAUUUGUCAUCAUUUUCUGAUCAAUUUAUGUCAGAGCCAAUGCUAAAUGCUGCAAAACAAAUUGGUGGUCAGUUCGCUGUACAACAGAAAGAAAAGUUGACUAAAUAUUUGUCUGCAUUCCAUCUGAAAUAUUAUUUUGCUGUGGACAAUACAUAUGUUGGCAAGAAAUUGGGUCUUAUGCUGUUCCCUUUUUUACAUCGAGAAUGGACUGCCAAGUAUGAUUCUUCGGAUUCACCACUACCACCGCGAUUGGAUGUCAAUGCACCCGACUUAUAUAUUCCGCUAAUGGCUUUCGUAACUUAUAUUCUUAUCUCUGGAUUUGUACUAGGAAUACAAAAAAGAUUUACACCCGAGCAGUUGGGCAUCAUCACAACAAAUGCAUUAGCAUAUCUUAUUUUCGAAAAUUUGAUAAUAAUUAUAACGAGGUAUAUAAUGAACAUAUCGGAAUCGCUCACCUUCUGGCACUCACUUGCAUAUAGUAGCUAUAAAUUUGUUGGGAUGAAUGUAUGCUUACUGGUCUUUGUAUUAGGUGGUAAAUCAUUCUAUUAUUGGGUUUUAGCCUAUAUAUCCUUUUCAAUUGUUUUCUUUUUGCUACGAACAGUGAAGACAUUUUUAAUGGAUGUACAAAAUACAUAUAAUGAAUACGGUGGAAAAAAGCGUAAAAUAUAUUUAAUGCUAUUUAUAGCAUUCACACAACCAUUUCUGAUAUGGUGGUUGACCAGUUCUGUAACCAGCUACACACCUGGCAAAAUGGAUUUAGCUCAGUAUGCUUUGUCGGGUAUAGGAUUCAGUGAAGCAGUAAAUAAAGGACAGUUACCUAUGUUGCCAAGUGGUGAAGUGGAUUACGAAGCUUUAUUGAAAAUGCCUUAG